AUGGUGACCUUGGAGAUGUUGGACUCCGAUUCCAAUCAAGUGGCAACACCAGCCACGGUAAUACCACCACCAUUAAUACCAGCAACCCCAGACUUCAUGGGCAUACCUGUUGAGCUGCGAGAGAAGAUCAUCGGCUACAUUAUCGAGAACGCGCGAGUGCCUCCAAAAGAGCCUCAUGAAUGGUCUAUAGGAGAUGGCACGGAACUACUGAAAUGGGACUUCAGUGUCAACGCGCUAGGAUCUAGAUGCCACUCUAUGGAAUCGUUCCCCAUCAUCUUUGUCAACAAGCAGGUUCAUCUCGAGUCUCUCGCCGUUCUAUACCGUCUCAGCACCGUAGUUCUUUACGCAGAAGUCACCAACGACACAUCGGCCUUUGGCUACAUCCCCUCUAUGCUAGGUCACAUCUCCCCGUCGCUCACGGCCAACGUCCGAGCACUGACUGUCAGGCUCUACAACGUCGCACCUCCUUCCAAGCCCGGAUUCGAUAACAAGAGAUCCUGCGACCGAGUUCGACUUCGAGAUGCGGAGGAGAGCUCCGCGAAGGCACAUCUUCAGGAGCUCGUUGACUUUAUCAAUAAAGAGUUCACGCAGCGUAGCAGUCUAGUAAUCAUAGCUGGAAUCAGAGGUGCUCUUCCACCCGAGCUGAAGAUACUCUUUGGCCUUCUUGCUGUCCCGGAUGAGGUGGUGGUCACCUUAGUAGAGCUAUGGCAGACAAAUGAUAUUAACCAUUACUAUGGAGUGGGUACAUACAAUCACUGGACUGGGGAUGCCAAGAGACACGGCUACAACAGAUAUGCCCAAAGCGCUGCGAAAUCUGCGGGUCAACAAUGGCUGAACGACACUCGAUUCCCGGACUUAGUCCAGGAUGGUACCAUGUUAAAGAAACCUAUGAUGAGUGAUGCGCAAAAAGCCAUGUUCAAUUGGAGCGGGAUAGCUGUGGAAUGGGCAAGACAUCGAUGCUGGAAGAGGAGAGCCAAGACCAGCUGUGGAUUGCCAUCAGGAGCGUGA